AUGGAUGAAACUGAAUAUUAUGAAGGAAAAAGUGUUGUAAUGGAUUAUUACAACAAAAAAAUUAUGGCACCAAUGGUUAGAGUUAGUACAUAUCCAAUGAGAAUUUUAGCACAAAGAUAUGGAUGUGAUAUUGUAUAUAGUGAAGAGUUAAUUGAUUUUAAAGUUAAAAGUUCACACAGGGUUGUAAAUGAAAAGUUAAAUACAAUUGAUUUUGUACAAAAGGAUAAUAAUUUAGUAUAUAGAACAUCAGCAAUCGAUAAAAAUAAUGUUAUGCAAUUAGGUACAGGUUCAGCAGUUACAGCAUUAGAAGCAGCAUCAAUUGUAGCAAGGGAUGUUUGUGCAAUCGAUAUCAAUAUGGGGUGUCCAAAAUAUUUUUCAAUUCAAGGUGGUAUGGGAUCAGCCCUUUUAUCAAAACCAGAGACUAUUAAAGAUAUUUUAACCACUUUAAAGAGAAAUUUAAAUAAACCAAUUACAUGUAAAAUUAGAUUAUUAUCAACUGAUCAAGAGACUAUCGAUUUAUUACGUGUUAUUGAAAGUACUGGUGUUAGUGCAAUUGGUGUUCAUUGUCGUAUGAUUCCAGAGAGACCACGUGAUCCUGCUCAUUGGGAUCGUUUAGAAAAUAUUUUAUCAAAUGCUUCAUUUAGUGUACCAAUCAUUGCUAAUGGUGAUAUUUGGAAACAUGAAGAUAUCGAUGCUUGUUUAAAGAAAACUAAAGCCAAUUCCGUUAUGAUUGCAAGAGGUGCAAUUAAAAAUGUUUCAAUCUUUAGCAAACCAGAGCCUGUAGAUUUAAAAAAAGUAAUUCAAGAAUAUGCUGAAUUAGCAUACCAAGUUGACAAUCACGUUGUAAAUUCAAAAUAUGUUAUUAUGGGAAUGUUAAGCGAAAAUGGUAUCACAAACAAUAAAGAAGUUAAAGCAAUGCAGGUUUCUCGUGAUUAUGAUACUAUAACUAAAAUUUGGGACAUUAACGACAAAUAUAAAAGUUUUUUAGAUGCUGAAAAAGAAAAAGAACAAAAUAUAAUAAAGAAAUUAGAUAAUAAUAAUGACAACAAUAAUAAUGGUGCAGAAAUAAAUAAAGAAGAUAAAGAAGAUAAAGAAGAUAAAGAAGAAAAUGUCGAAAAUAAGUUAAAAAAACAAAAAAUUGAACAAGAAGAAUAA